UAAAAGCCCGGCUUGCACUGUGUUCGCCCUCUUUGUCUCGUCUCUGUUGUCGUAUAAACUACUCUCCUCACAACUAAUCAAGAUGGACGCUCUCCUCGGCAAAUGGCAGGUGAUCAAGGAGGAGACUGUUGGAAUGGAGGAGUUCCUCAAGGCUGCAGGUAUGCCCCAGGAGGUGAUUGACAUUUACACGAAACUGGACUACACAGUGGCCACCAGCAAGGAGGGGGACGGGUACAAGACCCACAUCGUCAUGGAGGGGGUCGGAGAGCAGGAAUACACGUGGAAGUUCGGCGAGGAGUUCGAAUACACGGCCAUUGACAGCACGAAACCCAAGCUGACCAUCACGAAAGGAGAGAACGACACCAUUGUCGAGAGCUACAAUCUGGCUGACGCCAACCGACAGUGGACCGUAACUCGCAGCCUUGAGGGUGAAAACAUGAAGGCGGUAACAGCCAGCAAGAAUGGACAGAUGACACAAAAGCUGAAGAGAGUUUAAGUUGGCCAGUGCGAUGACUGUUCAUAUUUCGAAGUUAUAUUGUCUCAGCCAAUCAAAGCUUUCGAUUCAACUGCAGUGCUCUUCCGGUGACUUGACGCUAGAGGACAUUGACGUCAAGUGAAAAUACGAUGUCACGUCUUGACGUGGCUCUACCUGUCAAUACAAAGAUCUGUUACCAAGGGCGGCUUCUCCAAUGAUACGCGUCGAAUGUCGUAUGUUGCCGGAAAAAUCUGACCUGAAAACCUUCGUGAAACAGUGUAAAUAUAAUACGUCUUUAAAUGCUUCUCAAAUAAACUGUACAAACUGAA